GCGUGCAGCCAAUCGUCAGUAGAACUCCGCAAGACUACAUCUAGGCUGCGAGUGGGAGGGAGGAGAGGACUUGGGAAGCAAAACAUGGCGAAAUAACAAGUUUGGCGGUUAUACUGCAGUUAGAAACUGCACCGUUUCUGUUAGCGUUGGACUGUGACUACAAGUUCAUAAAAUCUGGACGCCGGAGAUCGACGGCAGCGCUUAACUUUGAAGUGUCGAGUGUACAGGCUUAAAAGUAUUACGGUGGCUGGCGACAACAUAGUGCCUGCCUGUCUGCCCGUGUUUUCCCCGGAAGGUUGGCAGUGCUAGGCGCGACUGUCAACACAGAAAAUGGAUGAAGAAGGAAAGGGAAAGUUUAUUCUGGUCAAGACAGUUUAGCUCGCUAGCUUAGCUGCGUUAGCCGGCCAGCUGACGUUAGAUUAACCGCACACACCUGACUCAGUAUUCGGGUUAUUUGUGCGCUCUAGACGAAACCGGGAUACAAUUAAGUCGCGUUAACAAGUUUGACAACUGCAUCCGCAGGGAAUCGCAUUUCAAACGAGGCCUUUAUUUUCGUUUUUCAGCUCCUAAUCUGUAACAAUAUCCCAGGAGGACAUCUGUUUAAGGCCAAUCAUGAGAGCCUGACGCUCGGUUCUGGUGCGGUGCGGACGGACCCGGACGCCAUCACAUCAGACGUUGCGUUCUCCCUAAAACAACCACUGCGCUACUAAACCGUAAAUUACGUUUUUGUACUUUAUCGGUGUAAGUAGGAAUGUUUCAGUGGCACAUAAAACCUAUCUGGUAGUUUUUCCACCCGCCGACACGCAUCACUGUAUCAUGUAUAACAUUAGCUGGGAUGUUGGACAGCAGGGAGGACGCGGCGUCUUGUCAAAAUGAACGCAGCAAGGUGUUCAACAACAGUGGAGGUGCGCUGCAUUUAAAACCUGCCAGUUGUUAGAUCGAUACCAAUGGGCGGCUAACAGCGACGUUGACAGCUUGUCUAAAUAUCUCAAUUUUAAGUUGCACGUGAUUUGAUUAGCUACCGCAGCCGUUAUUUCUUUAAAACAAGUGUAAAUAACAUUUAUAGCUUUCGGCCAGAGUUGACGUGAGCUAGCCAGCUGGGUGCGUCUGUGGUUGCUCUAACUGCGAUGCAUUUGCUAAUCUAAGUGCUACAGCUUCUGCGUAUUGGACCGCCAGUUUGCUGUAUUUCCUCUAGACUUAGGCCAUUAUAAGCUCGUGUGAGCAGCCACUUGAAUUCCCCUUAAAUAGUUCUUAUCAAAUAAGUGUCUCACUUAUUAGCUAACGUGAUAAGUUUCGCCAGCUAUGUCUGAAAACGCCCCCACACGAAGCCUGGAUGACAUAGACCUCGCAGCUCUGAGGGAUCCAGCGGGGAUCUUUGAGCUCGUCGAGGUCGUUGGCAAUGGGACAUAUGGACAGGUGUACAAGGGCCGUCACGUGAAGACGGGCCAGCUGGCUGCCAUCAAGGUGAUGGAUGUUACGGAGGAGGAAGAAGAGGAGAUCAAAGCAGAAAUAAACAUGCUGAAAAAAUACAGCCACCACCGCAACAUAGCCACAUACUACGGUGCCUUUGUCAAGAAGAGUCCACCAGGACAUGAUGACCAGCUUUGGCUGGUCAUGGAGUUUUGUGGGGCAGGGUCAGUGACUGACCUGGUGAAAAACACUAAGGGCAGCUCUCUAAAGGAGGACUGGAUUGCUUACAUCUGCAGAGAGAUUCUAAGGGGUCUCUCUCACCUCCACGCGCAUAAAGUUAUCCACAGAGACAUCAAGGGCCAGAACGUGCUGCUAACAGAGAACGCGGAGGUCAAACUGGUUGAUUUUGGGGUCAGUGCCCAGUUGGACAGGACAGUUGGGCGGAGAAACACCUUCAUUGGCACACCAUACUGGAUGGCACCUGAGGUCAUUGCCUGUGAUGAGAAUCCUGACUCCACCUAUGACUACAGGAGUGAUAUUUGGUCCUUGGGGAUUACAGCUAUUGAGAUGGCCGAGGGAGCUCCUCCUUUGUGUGACAUGCACCCAAUGAGAGCCCUCUUCCUGAUCCCCAGGAAUCCCCCUCCAAAACUUAAAUCGAAGAAAUGGUCCAAGAAAUUUAUUGACUUUAUUGAGAGCUGCCUUGUGAAGACAUAUCCCAGCCGGCCAUCCACAGAGCAGCUGCUCAAGCAUUCCUUCAUCAGGGACCAGCCCACUGAGCGCCAGGUCCGAAUUCAGCUUAAAGACCAUAUUGACCGUACACGUAAAAAAAGGGGAGAGAAAGAAGAGACAGAGUACGAGUACAGCGGUAGUGAUGAAGAGGAGGACAAUCGUGGAGAUGAUAGAGAGUCAAGUUCAAUCCUCAAUGUGCCGGGUGAGUCCACCCUGCGGCGAGACUUCCAGCGUCUGCAGCAGGAGAACAAAGAGCGUUCGGAGGCUCACAAGAGGCAGCAGGCCCAACUGGCGGCUCAGCGCCGGGACCCUGAGGAACACAAGAGGCAACUGUUGCAUGACCGGCAGAAGCGCAUCGAAGAACAGAAGGAACAGCGUCGCAGACUUGAGGAGCAACAGAGAAAAGAGCGAGAGAUGGUGAGGCAGCAAGAAAAGGGUCCCCAUCGGAGACUCGAUGAUAUGAGACGGGAGGAAGAUAGAAGGCUGGCAGAGAGGGAGCAGGAGUUUAUCAGACAUAAGUUAGAAGAGGAGCAGCGGCAGUUAGAAAUCCUCCAACAGCAGUUGCUUCAGGAACAAGCACUGCUAAUGGAGUAUAAGCGCAAGCAGCUUGAGGAACAGCGUCAGUCAGAGCGGCUGCAGAGACAGCUGCAGCAGGAGCAUGCCUACCUGGUGUCCCUGCAACAGCAGCAGCAAGAAAAGAAACCCCAGCUUUACCACUACAACAAAAACCUGGAGCCCAACAACAAACCGACUUGGGCCCGCGAGGUGGAGGAGAGAAGUAAGCUCAACAGACAGGGCUCACCCAAAAUCUGUACUACUGUCUCUGACACUGCCAUCCAGUCACGCUCUGACUCAAUCAGCCAGUCAGGAGCGGUCCAGUCUGCACAGACCCCACCGAUGCAAAGGCCAGUUGAACCCCAAGGAGGACAGGGCAAGUUCCAGAUGGCUCACUUGGUUCCACUGAAGCCUUAUGCUGCCCCUGUCCCUCGCUCCCAGUCACUCUGUGACCAGCCCACUAAGACCAUGUCCGCCUUCCCUACCCAGGAUCCCUCUCUCACCCCCACCCCCCGCCCUAUCCACUCCAGAGAGCUAGUGCGUCAAAACUCAGACCCUACUUCUGAAACCCAGGCACCACAGGCACACCAAAUUAGAGAGGAUCGUGGCCCUUGGAUCCGCCUGCCAGAUGUAGAACUCCCACCCAAGAUUCCACAGAGGACAGCAUCUAUUGCCACAGCUCUCAACACCAACCUAACAUCUGGCAUAAGGCACCCAGUAAGAGCUAGUAAUCCAGAUCUGAGUCGCAAUGAUCGCUGGGAGAGAGGAGACAGCAUGAGCAUCAUAUCCAAUCUUCCCCAGACGGGCUCUUUAGAGAGGCAUCGCAUCCUUAGUUCCUCCAAAAUGGAUUCGCCCAUUCUCUCCCACGAUCCUCGUCAUAAGCCAGGAGAAUCUCGAACCUCCUCCCGACCUGGGCGUCCUGCUAGUUACAAGAGAGCUAUAGGGGAGGACCAUGGCCUCUUUGCCAAGGAGCGUGCUGAGGAGCCGCCGAGACCCCCGGUCAAAGCCAAUGAUUACUCGUCCUCUUCAGAAAGCAGCGAGAGCAGCGAAGAAAGUGAGAGCGGCGAGGGAGCAGAGGAGGAGGAAAGCCCCACAGAUCGCCACAGAGAUGCAGACACUGAUUCAGUCAACACUAUGGUGGUUCAUGAAGAUGAGGGCGAGGUGGGAGAAGGAGAGCAAGCUGGAAGCUAUGGGGAUCAGACCAUGCUGGUUCAGAGGACCCCAGAGAAGCGGAGCCAUAACGGAUACACUAACUUGCCAGAUGUGGUGCAGCCGUCACACUCCCCCACUGACUCAGCCACUCACUCUUCUCCUGGGAAGGACUCUGUUUAUGAUUAUCAGUCCAGAGGUUUAGUUAAGGCAUCUGGCAAAUCCUCUUUCACCACCUUUGUGGAUCUGGGCAUGUAUCAGUCACCAGGAGGUACUGGGGAUAACAUGUCUGUCAGUGGCUCCAGGUUUGAGCAGCUGAAGAUGGAAGUGAGGAAAGGAUCUAUGGUGAACGUCAAUCCCACCAACACGCGCCCCCCCAAUGACACACCAGAAAUCCGCAAGUACAAGAAGAGAUUUAACUCUGAGAUCCUGUGUGCUGCACUUUGGGGUGUGAACCUUUUGGUGGGCACAGAGAAUGGUUUGAAGCUACUGGAUCGUAGUGGUCAGGGCAAGGUGUACCCCCUCAUUAACUCCCGCAGGUUCCAGCAGAUGGACGUCCUGGAGGGCCUCAACCUGCUCAUCACUAUAUCAGGCAAGAAAAACAAAGUGCGUGUCUACUACCUGGCAUGGCUAAGGAAUAAGAUCCUCCACAAUGAUCCUGAGGUAGAAAAGAAGCAGGGUUGGACCACAGUGGGAGAGAUGGAGGGCUGUGUACACUACAAAGUGGUGAAAUAUGAGAGGAUAAAGUUCCUGGUGAUUGCUCUGAAGAAUGCGGUGGAAGUUUAUGCUUGGGCGCCCAAACCUUAUCACAAAUUUAUGGCCUUCAAGUCUUUUUCAGACCUGCCACACAGGCCUGUCUUGGUUGACCUGACAGUGGAAGAAGGCCAGAGGUUGAAGGUCAUCUAUGGGUCUUGCGCUGGCUUCCAUGCCAUUGAUGUGGACUCUGGAAACAACUAUGACAUUUAUGUUCCUGUUCAUAUCCAGAGCCAAGUGACACCGCACGCAAUCGUGUUCCUGCCCAGCUCAGAUGGCAUGGAGAUGCUGCUGUGCUACGAAGACGAGGGUGUCUACGUCAACACCUACGGGCGCAUAAUCAAGGAUGUUGUCCUGCAGUGGGGCGAGAUGCCUACAUCUGUUGCUCAUAUCUGCUCAAACCAGAUCAUGGGUUGGGGAGAAAAGGCCAUUGAGAUCCGCUCUGUGGAGACUGGCCACUUGGACGGCGUUUUCAUGCACAAAAGAGCUCAGCGGCUGAAGUUCCUCUGUGAGAGAAAUGACAAGGUGUUUUUCGCGUCAGUGCGGUCUGGAGGCAGCAGCCAGGUUUACUUCAUGACCUUGAACAGAAACUGCAUCAUGAACUGGUGAAAGAGCAGCCGCUCUGGUUAGUGUGGAAAACCAAGCAGGAUUUGAAGAAGGAAGUGCAUCCGAAAUUUGCGCUAACGCAUGCACCAAAUGUGAACAUCACUCUCUCUUUCUCUCCAGCAAGCCCACACUCAAGCACUCAUAAUCCAAAGGCACACACACACACACACAUGCAUGCAGGCACACAUUCAUACAAAAACAAUCUUAAAAUCCAUUCCAGCUUACACUCUUUAAGAUGCAGUUUCAAUCGUGGCCCCCUGAAAACAUUCUCCCUCGAGUUAUCAUGAAAAACAACUGAUGAGCUUCACAUGUUAAUACCAUCUAUUAAUUUGUAUUGUAUAUAUUCUUGUCUUGAUUUAUUUUACUUUGUGGACCUGUGUUGAGUCGUAACUAUUUAGUUCCUAAUUGUGAAGUAUGUUAACAUUCCUUGAUGGUUCUCCAGUACAUUUUGAGGAAGGCAUUAUUUACUAAUAGUAUAUGUCAAAAUGAAGCUGUAAAUACAUAGCACCUUAGACUUGGAUUCAAAUCAUUUGCAGGCCUCUUGCAUAGCCACCGGCAGGCCGCAGGGACAUGAAAUGAUAGUCCUGGAAUGCCCAUCUGCAGUGGUUUGAGGCUUUUACAGUUUCAGGAAGGCUCAAAGAAUUAUUAGACACAUGUUAGAAAGGGACAAGGUCAGGGUGAAGUAGCUUCUUUAAAUAUUUUUUGUUCUUCAUAGUAGACAGUUACAGGAAGUCUUGCUUUUUGUUUUUCUGACCUAAAUGGCAAAUAAUGGAUCAGCUCUUACUCGCUGGCAAGUAAGCCUUGAAUACUUCAAAAGCAGAAUAAAUGAACUUUAAAAAGAUUAAAAUAAUAAAACUUCAGAAGGAGGACGUUUCACCAUACUCAUCCUGAGUAUGGUGAAACUUCCUGCUUUGCCUUUUUUAUAGUUUAGGCAAAACCAUUAAUUACUUGUGUCAUCAGGCUUAUAUCUAAACUUUUUGUUUCCAUAGAUUUACAAAACUACACAAAUUUGAUAUUUAUAUGUAGUGAUUCUGUAUUGGUAUUAGCAUACUGGUAUUUUUAAUUUCACUGUAAUUACAUUGCCAUUAUAUUGCAAUAUAUAAUAUUCUCGUGGAGUUUUUGAACAGGGGAGUUCAUAUAUUUGGCUAGUAGUGUCGGGAAUAUGACAGCAACUCUGGAGGGGAGAGAGAGAGAGGGGAUGGGAGAUGUAUCAGGACAAUGAUGAGGAGGAUGUCAGAGACAUGGUAGGAGGGUUUGUCACCCUCCUUCCGCAUUGAUCUACUCUACUGUAUUAUAUUUUAGUUCUUAGGCUAUUGUUAGUGUGGAUUUUUUUCGUGAGUGUUUGUCCAGAGAAUUGCAGUAGAACAGCCCUCUGUGUGAUAGAAGUCAUAUUUGUCUUGGGCCAGUAGAAAGAUUUAAUUAACGGGGACUCUGCGAUACCACAGAGGACUCCAUCUCAUCAGGCACUUUGGAGAGCACGGCUGGAACUCACGAGACUUAAUAUAUUUUAUAUCUGUAAAUUCUGCCAAAGUUCACCGUAUAUUUUGCAACAGAGGUAUGAAGCAAGGCCAAAGGGAGAGGAGCUUAUAGAUACUGAACAAGAAAUUAUUCCUACAGAUCACUAAACAAGAUUUUACUUUCACUUUAAUGUUCCGAAAUGUCAGCUGACAUUUUAAUGAAGUUAUGAUUCUGUGAUCUCUGCUUUGGAUUUCCCAAAGACCAGACUUUUUUUUUUUUUCUUUUUUCUUCCCCUCCCCUACAUUAGUGUAUAAGUAUUUUUCUCUUUUUAAGGGGAAUUAGACAUCUGCUUAGUUUAGGAAGCUGCCCAAGUGAGAGAUUGUUUGCUCCUCUACACCAAACACUACGGUACAAGUACGACCCAGCCUUAUCAGGAAGAGGAUUUUUGUUCAGUGAGUCACUUGGUUUGCUGCACUGCUACAGGUGGACGUUUAACUUGGCUGCUGGGAAAUAUUUCUUAUUAUUUCAUCAGAGCUGUCACGUGAAUAUUAAAAGAAUCAUAAAAGUUAUCUUAGCUAGUGAUCUGUAGGAAAGUUUGUUAAAGCUUGCUCGUUAAGCUGAGGAGAUAUUUUAUUCAUUAAAGAAAGCUAUUAAGACUGCAGUGUACAUUCAGGUCAGAGCGUUUAAUCAAAUGUUCUAUAAAUAGAUGGUUAAUUUUAUGAGAUAAAUCGCCAUGGAAAGCACCUUCAGCAAACAUACAUUUACAAAUAUAUCUCACGCGGAUACUUUGGUGUGCAUGUAAGCCAUUGAAAUAGAUUAUAGUACUGUAUCAAAGUUGUUUUCCCCUUAAGCGAAUGUGUUUUUAUUCCUAAAUAUCUUUUAUGUGCCAUGACCUACUUUUCAAAUGUCUCAACUACAAUCGUCCAGGAGCUCUGGCAUCUGUGCUUUUUAUGAUCAAAUCCUUCUUUUUUAUCAAUCUGCCAUGUUUACAGUUUAAGCAGUGCCUUGGAGUUGGGAAGGUGAGAUGUUUUCGGAAGGGUUGUGAGCCCCCAUGCCCGCUGCCAACCCCAAAAAUCUCUUAAUGAAAUCACAAGAAGAGGCACAAUUAUAUUUGCUCCCUUGUUAAGAUUAAUAUCCUGUGCCAAUUAAGUGCACUUAAGUCAAAUCCAGAAUAUCUCUUAAGAUGGACUUUUUUUUUUUUUUUUUUUUUUUUGCACCAUAUAUUAUAACUUAAAAUAAUCAAUAGAAAAGAAUCUGUUCAGAGAAUUGCAAUAACAGAUAUGUUAAUACAUGUCUAGUUAAUCCAGUGUAACAUGUAAAGGAUCUACUCACAGGGGGAGCCAGCAUAGAGUAAAGCCAUGUGUGUGAGUCACAUUGUACAGAAAACCAAACGUGCACACAUUAAGUUAAACUGUGUGCGCGUGUGUCUGUGCGUGCGUGUGUGAUGUUUGCUCCUAAAAAAAAUAAUGUAGGUUCAGGUUGCACAGAUGACCUAAGCGCUUAUUCUUUAACAUGUUGUGUAAUGUUAUAGUGGGGAGAGUAGCGUGAGAAGCCUGUUUUAUAAAAUAUGUAAAUGAGUCUAUAUUGAGAAAUAAAAGUGAAUGUACAUCUACAAGACAGAUUUGUAUUUAUAUGAAAGUGUGUACCACUCUAUUAAUCUAAGCACAAUGUAUUUAAAGGCCGAGAAAUCAAAGCUAUAGCUGAAUCAAACACAAAAAUAUUGUCAUUCGUCAAACUUGUCUGGGUGUGAUUAGUAGUUGUUAUAGCUGAGCAAGAGACAGCUGUGUGUAUGUGGACUGUCUCAAAAAUCUAUCUAGACAGAAAUGUAAGUCUCUUGUUAGCAGAGGAGUCAGAUGUGGCUGUGAUUCAGACACUCGUGGUGACUCACAGACUGGUGUUGGAUCUGGCCUGUGGUGUGAAUGGCCUAUAGGGGGAUUGACAGGCUCAUAAUAUUCUCAGGAGAUGACAGGGAUCAUCAUAAAGGCAGAACAACAAUGAUGAUAGGGGCCUAAUAGUCUGUGGUGUGGGGUUAUUGGCUCUUGGCUUUGAAAUUUAUUUUUAGAAAGUGUUUUUUUUUUUUUUUUUUAAGGAAAAACAUCACAGAUGAGUCGAUAAUCUUUAUGAAGUCUAAAAAGUAAUUCCACUGAUUUUACACAUCAGACUCUGUUUGCAGGAUGCACUUCAAGAAAAUGUCAGUUGACACUUGGGGCUGAAGACAAAAAAAAAAAUAUUGCAUGGCAUUGCAGUGUGGGUAAGCUACAAUUUCAGUAUACAAAAAGGUGGCUGCAUGCCUGGAAUAAAAAGAUCUCUAUUCAUUUUGAAGCUUUAAACAAGAAUUUGACUUCUUUGUAAGAAAAGCAUGAUGGACAGCUUAUCAAAAUGCAUCAGAAUUGUAGCAGAACUCAGGAUGCACCAUUCUGCACCAAGCUUUGAUGUGUAAAAUCAGUGCAUUUCGCUUUUUAAACACUUGACUUCCAUAAUAUUUGGUUGUUCUGCAAAGGCUUAGUCAGACCACUCCAUAAAUGCAUACAAAAAAUAUCACUUCCAUAUAAAAGAAAGCAAAAAGCCAUAGCAUCACACUGAACUCUUAUCAUGUUAGCCGCAUGGUUUGUGUUGGCGGUUAUUCUGUAGAGCGUUGCAACUAAAUUAUUAAUGUUAAUAAUGAAAGCCUUUUGACAUUCGCCAUCAAUCCCGACUGAGAAAGUCACUCCCAAACAUUCAGCUUGUUGUCUUUUUUUCAUGCAGCAGAAAUUCUUAGAAUAUGUUGCGGUCUGGAAGACAGAAGAGCAGUUACGGUUGUUGAUUUUCCCUAAAUGCACCUUAAGAUGUGAAAGUGCUAUUUCAUUUUGUGCCAAUGGCCAUCAAAAGACCUGAACCUCACAGCUCAUUAGUUUCCUGGCAAUAUUUGCGUCAGUCUGGCUGUAAGCUUGGACCGAGUUUGAUUGCUGAAUUCGUGUGAUCUCGAAUUCAGCAAUUGUAGGUGUGCAGCAUUGUCCUUUUUUUUUUUUCUUUUUUUUUUUUUUUUAAUUAAAAAAAAAAGCAAUACAAGCAUUUGAACAGAUCAAAAAUUGUCCAUCUGAAUGUGACUUGUAGGUCGUGAUUCUUCAGUGGCCUUUGGCAGACUUAAUGUAGGCUGGUUUGUGUUACAGAAAUCAUUUAGUACUUUUCUUUUGUUUUUAAUCACAAAAACAAAACAAAACUGCUUCUCUCUGUCGAUUUAACACAGCGACAUGCUGGGAUGCUUGAUAUAAUCCAAAAACUGCCUUUAUGAACUCUUAAGUAUCGAUAAAUGGCUGAUUAGAUAAUCUUCUCACGAGGCACUCUUCUCUUCUAGCUUAUAUUUCUAAUCAAUAACGUGUGACUGCAUUUGCAGCUGUAGUUGGGAGCGAGGCAGCUCAAACAUGGGGAGCUCUACAUCGACAUGGCUCUUAGGACAGAAACACAAUAUCUCGUUCUUUUUCAAAUAACUUUUUGGUUUGUUUUUUAGAAAGACAUCUUUGCAACGUUUUCGUGUGCGUGCGCGUCUGUGUUACUUGUGAGAGAUUAACUCCAGAUUGUAUUUCAUAGACUAAACUUUAAACUUUCAAGAUUGUGUUGAAUGAAUUCAUGUCUUAAUACAGAUUGUUUGAAAAAUAAAAUACCUUGAUCGCA